UCGGCGCGGGGUCAGCGCGGGACGGGCGGGCAUGGCGUUCCGACAGGCGCUGCAGCUAGCGGCCUGCGGCCUGGCCGGGGGCUCGGCAGCUGUGCUCUUCUCCGCCGUGGCGGUGGGGAAGCCCCGCGCGGGCGGGGACGCGGAGCCGCGCGUGGUCGAGGCGCCGGCGUGGGCGGGGACCGCGCGUCCCGGGCCGGGCGUCUGGGACCCCAACUGGGACAGGCGAGAACCACUAUCCUUGGUCAACCUGCGGAAGAGGAACCUAGACUCUGGAGAAGAAGAACUGGCGUCCAGGCUGGACCACUGCAAAGCAAAGGCCACACGACACAUCUUCCUCAUCAGGCACUCCCAGUACCACAUGGAUGCCUCCCUGGAAAAGGACCGCACUCUAACACCCCUGGGUCGUGAACAGGCUGAACUAACUGGGCUCCGACUUGCAAGCUUGGGGUUGAAGUUCAAUAAAAUUGUCCAUUCGUCUAUGACCCGAGCCAUAGAAACCACUGACAUCAUCAGCAAGCACCUGCCAGGUGUCUGCAAGGUCAGCACAGACCUGCUGAGGGAAGGCGCCCCCAUUGAGCCCGACCCGCCUGUGUCCCACUGGAAGCCAGAGGCUGUGAUUCCUUGCUCUGCCCCCAGCAGUAUUAUGAAGAUGGAGCCCGGAUUGAGGCCGCCUUCCGGAACUACAUCCAUCGGGCAGAUGUCAAGCAGCAGGAAGACAGUUACGAGAUCUUCAUCUGCCAUGCCAAUGUCAUCCGCUACAUCGUGUGCCGGGCACUGCAGUUCCCCCCUGAAGGCUGGCUCCGCCUCUCUCUCAACAAUGGCAGCAUAACCCACCUGGUGGUACGGCCAGAUGGCCGAGUGGCGCUCAGGACCCUCGGGGACACAGGGUUCAUGCCUCCAGACAAGAUAUCGCGCUCCUGAGAGCUGCUUGGAGGACCUGCUCUCCUCUAGCCCCUGUGGCUCCCAUGGGUGUCACCCAGGACAUGGUUCCUCCCCCGUCUUCCCUCCACAGGCUGCACUGUGGCUGCACUGCACUCUUCCUGGAGAGUGAGAAAGUACAAAUAUCUCAAGUAUCUAAAAUGUGGCAUUUGGGUCCAUACUUGGCAGCCCAGGAUAGAAAAGGGAAUUGUUCUGAGCAGAGCAGCCUGACUUCCCUCUUGGGGUUUCCUGCCCUGUCUGCCAGGACGAGGCCUCACCGAUGCCGUGUGCAGGGACCACGGUCAGUCCACAUGGGUGUCUUCAGUCCCUCCCACAGCUGGCCACUUGGGCCCUUCCCGGCUCCUUGGCACAGUCCGUCCCGGCACUCAACUCCGAGGAGGGCCGCCAGCACUUCCAUUCGGAACUCAUCCUACAUUCUUUAAGAGCCUUUUACCACUUAAAUAUUUGUCAACUAAAGACUCUCAUCUGGUUUCCUGCUUUGAUAACCAGUUUCUCAGUCUGGAGUCCUGCCCGACACCAUUGGGUCUGAACCCAGCCACAUUCAGCAGGUGGGGGAGGUGGCUGGAUGCUGAUGGGACAGCAGGGCAUCCUGUUUCAAUAAAAUACUCAACAGCUCA